GUUAGCCACGUGCUUGAAAGUGGUUAAAUAUUAAUUUAGAUUCCUUCAUGUAACAGGGCAGUUCAGGGCAAGGAGAGGUAGGCUGGGUUUGUGAAGGGCAGGGAUUCGUUGAGGGAAAAAAAAAAAAAAUUCUCCCAGAGCUUGGCAGUUUAGAGCCUGUAAAUUGUUCUUGUUGCUACUUGCCCACUCCAGCAUGGCGUGCCUUCUUCGGAGAGUUUCUGUGGCGGUUUUCUUCUUAGCAUUUUGGGGUUUCGCCCUGGGGGACAGGCUGCUGGUGGUCCCUCAGGAUGGAAGCCACUGGCUCAGCAUGAGGGACAUCGCAGAGCGUCUCGGCGAAAAAGGGCACGAGAUCGUGGUGGUGGUGCCCGAAGUCAACCUGCUCCUCCAAGAGUCCAAGUACUACACAAGGAAAAUCCACCCAGUGCCCUAUGACCAGGAAGAGCUGGCAGCCCGCUACCGCUCCUUCGGGAAACACCACCUUUUCCCUCGCUGGCUGGUGACGGCCCCCAUGGUGGAGUAUAGCAACAACAUGAUUGUCAUCAAUAUGUACUUUACCAACUGCCAGAGUCUCCUGAGGCACGCGGACACCCUGCGCUUCCUCCGGGAGACCAAGUUCGACGCCCUGUUCACAGACCCGGCCUUACCUUGCGGGGUGAUCCUGGCCGAGUACCUGAGCCUGCCCUCCAUAUACCUCUUCAGGGGCUUCCCCUGCACCCUGGAGAACACGUUCACCAGGACUCCGAGCCCCCUGUCCUACGUCCCCAGGUACUACACUCAGUUCUCGGACCGGAUGACCUUCCUCCAGAGGGUGGGCAACUUCCUGGUGAGCUACCUGGAGAACAUUCUGCUCUACUUGCUGUAUUCCAAGUAUGAAGACCUGGCGGGGGAGCUCCUUGGGAGGCAGGUGCACCUGCCGGCCUUGUAUCGGAAGGCCUCCAUUUGGCUGUUAAGAUACGACUUUGUGUUCGAGUAUCCCAGACCAAUCAUGCCCAACACGGUCCUCAUCGGAGGCUCCAGCUGCAAGAAACAGGGCGCCCUGUCUCAGGUGAGUGGCUGGCUUUCUUUCAGGUGGCAGCAUGUCUUCCUGGGCAGACGUGGUUCUGAUGUGUUCUGUCUUCCCUCGAGCAUGUGGCUCCGGGGAGGGCUGCCUGAGGAGGAGAGGACAGGCUGAGGUUUUGGAUGAUGCUGUGGCCUGGAAGGAACACACAGGUGGUGCGCAGCAGCAGCGGGAGAUAUCUUGAGCCAGGUUAUCUGGGGGCACUCACAGGAUCCUCGAAUGAGCCUGAGAAAUUUCCAGUGCAAACCCUCUGCUUGUCUGUUGAGGAAACAGGUGAAGCUGGACCAGGAGGACACAGAGCUAAGAGGCUUAUUUGUUGCUGUUGUUUAGUUGAUAAGUUGUGUCUGACUCUUUGCCACCCCGUGGUCUGUAACCUGCCAGGCUCCUCUGUCCAUGCUGGCCCCAGGUCAGAAUACCUUCUCCCUGUGGCUGAGUCCCUUUGCUGUCCACCUGAAACUACCACAACUUUGUUAAACGGCUAUACUGCAAUAUAAAAUAAAAAGUCAAAAAAAAAAAAAAAAGUACAUUCUCCCAUCUCUGUGCACUGCCUUUCCCCUGGACCCUAAACCAGGAGUCAACACAGGAUAGCUAGUGGACAGAAACUGCCCAGAGCUAAGAAUGGUUUUACAUUUUUUUUUGAAGGGAUGUUAUAAACCUCAACAAAGAGUGUGUGACAGCAAUGUGUGGGGUGUGCUGAGCCUGUGUAUUUACUAUUUGACUCUUUACAGAAAAGGUGUGUUGACCUCUGACCUAAGGCAAGUAUCCCUAGGUGCCCUCUUGACGUGUGCAGAAAGAGGGCCCAGAGUUACUUUGGAAAAGAAAAACUUGUGAGUUUUGUGAGAUCGUUUGGUUUUGCUUUAAUAUUUACAACUUUGAAAGACUUCUGAUCACUUGUUCACACCGGAAUUCUCUUUUAAAAUGAAUUUUUUUUUUGUCAGAAAGAAACCCUGAAAUAAAUCCCAAAGGCCUCACCACCUUUCUUGAACAUCUGCUGAUUACUUUAACGUGCUGGACAGUUGGCAGUAGCUAUGGGAGCAGGGCCAGGGGCUGAUGAUUUUAACUAGACUGGUUUCAGGAAGCACAGAGCAUGAGCUAGAAAUUCGGGGUUCUGGGAAACUUUAAUUAAGACAUUAAUAAGCAAAAAUGUACUAAGAAACAUUUGGCAUAAGAAGGGAAGAAAAUACCGUUUUUGUUACCUAUCAUUUUAUUUUUGCAAAAAAAAAAAAGAGUUGUAUUCAGUUAUAUUGAAAAGCCAGACUGUAGUGGGUGUACUUUCUGAGCCCCGUGAAUCUUUACCUGGUGCUUGACUUACAUUUAUGUGUGAAUUGCAAUCCCAUUUCAUAAUAGAGAAUAUUCUGUACUACAAUACAUAAUUAUCAACUUACAUUUAUAAAUUGCUGGAGGUUCAGUUCAGUUCAGCUCAGUUCAGUUGCUCAGUCAUCUCCGACUCUUUGUGACCCCAUGGA